CAAUAAGCGGGCGUGUUGGGGAGGAGCGAACAAACGCUAGUGUGUUUGGUUGCACGGCGGCUUUGGCGCAUUUUCGGCUGGUUUGAUUCAUCCAUUUUGAAGAGACGGGGGAGCGGGGGGCUCGUCUGUUCCAGGGGCCCUGAACCAAAGAGCAGCGGAGUUUGAGAAGCCUGCAGCUCGGGGUUCGGCGGCAGCGGUCCCAUCGGCUGAACUUCGGGGGGGGUGGGGCGCCGAGCGCGCGGGGUGGGGGGGGUCCUGGUCUUUGGCUUCUCGACUCGGUCCUGUUUCGACAGCGAACAUGUCGCGGCCUGUCAGAAAUAGGAAGGUUGUUGAUUACUCUCAGUUUCAGGAAUCUGAUGAUGCAGAUGAAGAUUAUGGAAGAGAUUCGGGCCCUCCCACUAAGAAAAUUCGAUCAUCUCCCCGAGAAGCUAAAAAUAAGAGGCGAUCUGGAAAGAAUUCACAGGAAGAUAGUGAGGACUCAGAAGAAAAAGAUGUGAAGACCAAGAAGGAUGAUUCUCACUCAGCAGAGGAUAGUGAAGAUGAAAAAGAAGAUCAUAAAAAUGUACGCCAGCAACGGCAGGCAGCAUCUAAAGCAGCUUCCAAACAGAGGGAGAUGCUCAUGGAAGAUGUGGGCAGUGAGGAAGAGCAAGAAGAGGAAGAUGAGGCACCUUUCCAGGAGAAAGAUUCUGGCAGCGAUGAAGAUUUCCUGAUGGAAGAUGAUGAUGACAGUGACUAUGGCAGUUCAAAAAAGAAAAACAAAAAAAUGGUUAAGAAGUCCAAACCUGAGAGAAAAGAAAAGAAAAUGCCUAAACCCAGGCUAAAGGCUACAGUGACGCCAAGUCCAGUGAAAGGCAAAGGGAAAGUGGGUCGCCCCACAGCUUCAAAGGCAUCAAAGGAAAAGACUCCUUCUCCCAAAGAAGAAGAUGAGGAACCGGAAAGCCCGCCAGAAAAGAAAACAUCUACAAGCCCCCCACCCGAGAAAUCUGGGGAUGAAGGGUCUGAAGAUGAAGCCCCGUCUGGGGAGGAUUAAAAGUGAUGAUGGUCUGGGGAGAGAUUUUAUUAAAAAAAAAAAAGAAAAAAAAAAGAAAAAAGAGGGAGGAAAAAAAGAACCUACUUAAGAUAGAACAUGGUUUUGGCUAUGGCUUGACUCAUGGGCUUUCAGUGCUUUUUUCCAUUUGUUGAAAGUAACAUUUCUCUCUCUUUUUUUUUUUUUUUUUUUUUAAAGCAAACCAUUAUAUGUUUAAGUGUUUAAGUUACCUUUUUGUCUCUUGGUCUCUUUGCCAACCCUCCCCUUUCCCAAUGAAAGCCAUGUCAAAUUAAUCACUGGAUUGACUGCUUCAUCUGUUUAUUUUUCAUGAAAGGUGUACCACAGUUGUAAAGCAAUAAGAUUUGAGAUGAACACUAUGGAAAAUUUGCUUUUUGAUAAACGAUAGCAAGUUGACUAGUAAUCAAAAACACAGCAAGAUUUUAGUUCAAAAUGAUUGCUCCUUUCUCUACCUGGACUUUUAAAAAAUCAAUUGUCAUCUAAUAAGAGUUUAUUUGUCUGUAGACACAAUUAUCAAUGUCUAAAAAAUCAUGUACUUUAAACUUCCACUAAUGAGGCAGAUGAGAGAUAAAUAUGAAUUCUGAACUGUUACUAAAAGUACUCAUUUUUACCUGGUGGGGAGGGUGGGCAGCAGCACUCUGGCCUUAUCUGAGGGUAUGGGCUUUCUUUUUAUUUCAUCACUUGUGAUCUCAGAAAGACUCGGAGCCAGUGAUCCUGUUACCCUGCUACAGUCUUUAGGGAGUUGAAAAAAAAAAGCAGGGCUGCCAAAACUGAAAUCACUCUUGAUUUCACAUUUCCUUCUCUAGAUAUAUAUGUAUCCUGUUUUUUUGGAUAAAAUUUACCAAGGAUCCAAAAAAAAAAAAAAAAACCCUAGAAUUUAAUUGACAAGAUCAGUCUACACAUCACAGUGGCUUUCUUCUCAAACUGACAAUGUUUAGGUUUUAAGCAAAUAAAAUUCCAGUUAAUGCGAAACUCAGUCACAAAGAGUUGAGAUUUUUUUCCUUUAUGAAAUAGAAUUAACGUUCUUUUAUGCUAUAAAUGUGCUUUCAGGUCCCAUGAACCAUGUUCUGCUUUCAUUUGGGGAUAGAACAUUUUCUUUUUCAUAUCCCGAUCUUUCCAUUUCUUCAUAGAAACGUGGUAUGAAUGCAUCCCUGUGAUCCUGCUGCUUCGUAGGGCACCACUGCACACCCUACCCCCAGUGCCGACCACCUCUGCUAUAGGAUGCUAUUUUUCUGGCCCUAUUCUUCACUUACUUCCCACCCUGUCCUUGACUGGGAAUGUGUUAAAUGCUGCUCCCAUACGAUUCAGUUGGCUCUUGUCUUUUUACUUGGUUCAACCCCUGCUUUACUGCUCACGCUGCUUAAAGCAGGAGGGACUAGAGAAACCAGGCAUUUUAGGAGGCUUGUGUGCAGUUGAUAACAGACUUUUUACACGCCUUAUAAAAGCAGUCAGGAGACAGAUUCAUAGGUUUGAUCCUUCACAUCUGAUACCAGGUGCUUAUGGGAGCAAAGUUUAAAGGGUCCUGGCAUGCUAAUAAAUUGAAAAAUUAGUGAAGUUUAACUUCUGCCUUUUUUUCCUGCCUUUGAAUCUAGAUUUGCUUCUUCAAUAUCCUACUUUGGGGUUUACUAGAAACAUGUUUUGUCUGAUUUUAUUUAAAAACACCCAGUGGCAGAGUCAUUUCACUAUUGCACUGUGUGUUAAAUAAUAACAAGUUUUCAGUACAUGGCCAAUAAUACAGGACUUGAACAUAAAAGGCAAUUGGAUCAUUCUCUUUCGUGAUGGUUAAAUUCAGUUGUGAACUUUGUACUGAGGAUGUUAGAGAUUAUUUGCCUCAAUGGGUUUGUUCAGGUAUCCAUGUGGUAAAAGACCUAUUAGUGUUUCCACCAUGCACUUCUAUUUUUUAGGAAUUUCUAAUUUUAAGUCUUACAUUCCUAGUAACAUUUGGGCUUUCCUCAGGCUAUGUUUCAUGAAGAAUGAGGGGAGGGCACGUUUAAAACUUCAGCCUCAAUUGCUUGUGUAGCAGUCUCUUUAAUAUAUGAAUCUGCACUAACAUAUCUGUGAUAUAUGCACAUAUUUUAGAGGUAAUCGUGUCUUCUAGGUUACUUGUGUGCAUUUGAUUGGGCUUCUUGUUUAGAGUCCCUUUUAAAAUUAAUUCAUUAGACUGAAAAAUUAUUCUAUAUUUCUAGUAGACUGGACAGAAGGAUCUGUGUCCCCAAGUGAGACAGGCUCUGAAUAACUUUUGUUUUCUCCACUUUUGUCUUAUUAUUUUUUUUAAGAGACGGGGGUUUCACCGUGUUGGUCAGGCUGGUCUCGAACCCCUGACGUUGUGAUCCGCCCGCCUCGGCCUCCCAAAGUGCUGGGAUUACAGGUGUGAGCCACCCCGCCCAGCCUUGUUUUCUCCACAUUUUACUGAUGAUUUAAAACACUCUAGUCUUCCCCUCAAAUCAUGCAUGCAAAUAGGAGGACAGUGGUGGUGACUUAACUAGAUACAGGUGCUCAAUAGGCUUGAUAGUGAUGUCAGGAUGUAUUACAAGCUAUAAGCCGAUACUGACUGGCCAUUGGCACCACCCUUGACUAACCUUCCUUCUUUUUUUCUAGUGUGCCUAUGGUGAAAUGGCAAUAGCAUUCACUGUCGCAUUUUGCAGUGCUCAGGAAGUGGGAUGUGAACUUUGAAGGUGCUUGUUUGUAUUAGCUCUGCUAGGUUUACCUCUACAACGUAGAUUUCGGCAGCUAUGCUGACUGACAUUACACUCUAGUUCUUAAGGAUUUUUUUCCAGAUUCCCCCGCUUCCCCAGCUAGAUAUACGGAGCAUACUUACAUCUUAUUCAAUCUGUCUGUAACCUACUGCUGCUUUUAGUCCUCCUCACCUCAGACCAGAAUCAAUGGAGUGGGCCCAGAGGAUACAUUUUAAUUUCAGUAAUGGUAGGUAGAUUUGUCCUGCUUUCUAAAACAUCUCCCCGCUUCAUAUCUCCACUCCACAUUGAUUCCAUAAGGAGAAAUUAAUGGGUGUUUCCUCCUUUAGGGAGGUACUAUAAUGAGUGUGGACAUCUUUUAAUUUUGAGGAACAGAAGUUGAUUUCCCUUGAAGGAGCUUACAUAUUGACUUUUUUUCACAGUGACUUGUUUGCCCCAGUUCAAUCCCAAUCCUCAGUUUAAUACUUAUUCUUGGUACUGGCUCAAAUAGCAUUUUCUUAUGGAUGGCAAAUCAAGAGUAAAAUUUGAAGGUAUAAUCCAGUAAGGUGUUUAACUCUUGUGAAUAUGGUCAGCUAGACUGAACUUGACUUUUGUUUUUAUGGGUUUUUUAAAAUCUGUGAACAUUCAAAUAAGUGGAUUUUCGAGUACUGGUUGGGGAAGGGAGUUGUGCUUUUCUUUGAACUUGAGUUUACGAGAUGCUUUGAGAGUAUUAGGCAAAAGCAGAAAAGAAAUAUCAGGAGCAACAGGGAAGCUUUCUAAAAGAUCCUGGUGGCCAUCAUUGCGGCUUUGAAGGAUGAGUGCUGGUUUGAACCGUUCUUUGCCUGCAUCAUUGGUAGCUGCACUGAAAAAAACCUUUCACCUUAGGAAUCUGAAAAGGAAGAAACCUGGGCUCUAGUCUUCAUGGCUUUAAACUGAGGUACUUAAAUGGAACAGAAGUAACAUUUCCUUCCACAGGAGAGGGAAAGUGUGACAGGGUGGUUGCUCUUGAGGUUAGAAGAUUGUGUUUCUCUGUGGAUGAAGCUGGAUUUACUUGAAAAUGGAGAGUUGGUUUAUUGUUUGAAUAUUAGGACAUCAAGCUGUAGCCAAGUUUCAGUCGCAACCCAUUUUCCCUUUGGGAUGAAUUCGAUACAACAUGAUUCUUUUUGAAUUCUGAAUCCAUAAAUUACAAUUUUUUUUUCUCAAAUUCACAAAAUUCACAGUGGUGCUGACUGUGUAAUAACCACUAUUGGGAAAAAUCCCGUAAACCUGCCUGUUGCCAUGCCAAUGGAGUGACUGAACUGGUGACAUCUGUUUGAGCAUGCUUUGUGUGGCUGGUAGAAUGCCACCAUUGUGCAUACACUUUGUACAUCAGGGGUGAAGGGAGGGUUUUCUAGAUUAUUGGGGGAGGGUAAAAUUGGGAUUUUUUUGGUUUGUUCCUUUUUUGAUGGGGUGUGGGGGUAUAGUACUCAGCUUAUGCCCUAAAAUAACAUGUAUAAAAACCCCUGAAGUAUUGUGUGGGUGUGUAUGUGUGAGUGUGUGUUUGUAUACGUCUGGCAAUUAAAGCUUUGUCUUCUGGAACUUAGUGAAUUCUUUUCUCUUUCUCCUCCAGAAGUAUUUGUUACAAAGUCUGUAAAUAAGAGCUCUACUUAGUUUGUUUACCACGAACAUGUUGCAGCAAACCUUACACAUCGAAUUCCUACAAGGUUAAAGAAAGACUUUUAGACUUGCCAGGUUAAGCAACAGCCAAGUUCUCAGUAAUUGUUUGCCUUGAUUUACCUUUUAGACUUCAUUUUGUCAACUCUAAAACUCCCAGUCUUCCUUGAUUUUAGUCCUUAAUCUUUUAUGUUCUGAGCAGGAAGGGUAAAGACAGGAACCUGCCUCACUGUAUUAACUAGUCCACGCGCCGAGACCAGGGCAUCUCUUUCUUCAUACUGCAGUGUUGCUAGAUACAUGAUCAUACAACAGAGGGUUGGGCAUUCUUGCAAUACCUUAACAGUGCUGAAAUCUGCAGCAUGGUACUAAGGAAGCUAAAGUUUGAAUGUAACCACUUUAUUUAAAAGGUUUUUUUUUCUUUAAUUUAAAUGAAAUGGGGUUGAAGUGAACAUGAUUUUGUUGACCAUGUUCGUGAAUUAUAGAUGCAACAUGCAUUGGUAGAAUCGUGUAAUGGUCUUUUGUGAUACUUAAUUUUUACAUAUCCCAGUCUCUGUAUGUAUCUGCAUAGACAAAGAAAAAACAAACUCCUGCUUUGCUUUUAUUGAAGGGUUUCCAGGACUGCGUGUCUGCUCCUGAGCUCUGUUUUAAGUAUGUGUAUCCUUUGCUUGUAUUUUGUAUUAAAAAAAAAUAAGAAAAAGAACCCUUUAUUGUUGAGCAUGUUGGCAUUGUCCCCUUUAUUUUUUUCUCUUUUUGGGACAUAUGAAGCAAGUUAUUCUUUUUCUGUAUCUUUUUUUCUUUUGUAAACUUUUUUUUUGUUUUGUUUAAAAAUGGCUUUAUAAAAGGGCUUUUAUAACCCA